UUCGUUGUGCUAUAGGAUAAUUCUUAAAAAUUAUUGUUGUGAAUAUUGCCAUUACAUACGAUUGAAUAAUUCAGAUAACUAAAGUUUUUGGCAUCAAUCUGAUUAUUUAUGAUUUAGUAUAAAAAAUGGGUAUAAUUGAUUCUCUAAAGGACUUUUUCGGGUUAUCCAAAAACGAACAUAAAUUUCGGGAACCUUCUGGAUUAGAUGAAAGGUAUCCUGCAACCCCCGAUCAUUCAAGGAGAGAACAAAAUUUGCCAUUGGAAGAAGAAAAAAUGGGCAUCAACAUAUAUUCUAGUCCCCUAGAAAUUGCAAAGUUUUUUGAACAUCAGAUGGAAGCAAUGAUGAAAAAUAUGAGAGCAUUUAGUGGAAUGGAACAGUUUGAAGACUUUUUUAAUAAUUCUUUUCAUGAUAACCCUGGGAUGACAGAUAUUAAGAUAUUAAAACCACCACAUGAAGAUCAAAAUUCAGGGUCAAAUCAAGCAGAUAAUCUAAGAGACCAAUUUUUAAAACCAGGCUACAAGAAACAAGAUCAAUUUGAAAAUAAAUCAGAUGAUGAUCUUGAUGGAAGAAUAAAUAUGAAUGAUGUUGAUGAAGUAUUCCGCAGAUCAGAUUCUAAAGUUAUGCCCUAUAGAGAAAGGCCCAAAUUCCAUUUUUAUGGUCAAAGUGUGACUUCAAGAACCAUAAGAAGACCAGAUGGGGUAGUAGAAACUCAUCGAACAGUGAGAGAUCAAGAAGGUAAUGAGGAAACAACAAUAACUCAAAAAUUUGGUGAUAAAGAAUAUACUGUUACGACACGAGUGGACAAAAAUGGACAUAAGGAAAUUGAAGAAAACAUGGUGAAUAUAGAUGAAUCCGAAAAAAACCAAAUUUUCAAACAAGAUUCUGUACAAGGAUCUAGCAAGUUUGGCAGUUUCUUGAAAGAUUGGUCUGAUUUUGAACAUUUCUUCAAAUAAAAUAAGACAUGACUUCUAAUAAAGAAUGUGAUAUUAAAAAUUGUUAUUUCU